AGAUCACACCGUGGCGAGACCGAGUCAACCACGUGUUUCCCACUUGGGCUGUCUGACCUCGUGUGUGCACGCGUUACUCUAGCCUGUACGAAUAUCUGUCUAUUUAUAAUAAAUCGACCUCACGAGUGCGGAAGAAGGAAUAAUCAUCAGCAGCAGCAGCAGCAGCAGCAACGAUGAAGUACAUCCUGGUAACCGGCGGCGUGAUCAGCGGCGUGGGUAAGGGCGUCAUCGCCUCGAGUUUCGGUACGAUCCUCAAAUCCUGUGGCAUACACGUUACUUCGAUCAAGAUCGACCCUUACAUUAACAUCGACGCGGGCACCUUCUCACCUUACGAACACGGAGAGGUCUACGUUUUGGACGACGGCGGCGAGGUCGACCUUGAUCUCGGCAACUACGAGAGGUUCCUCGACGUUAUCCUCCACAAGGACAACAAUAUCACUACUGGAAAAGUCUAUGAGCAUGUCAUCAGAAAAGAAAGAAAGGGUGACUACCUUGGCAAAACAGUUCAAGUAGUGCCGCACAUUACAGAUGCCAUUCAAGAAUGGGUUGAGAAAAUAUCAAAGCAGCCAGUAACAGAUGAUGGAAAAAUUCCAGAGGUCUGCAUAGUAGAACUUGGAGGAACCAUAGGAGAUAUCGAAGGCAUGCCAUUUGUAGAAGCCUUUAGACAAUUUCAGUUCAGAGUAAAGAGAGAAAACUUCUGCUGUGCACAUGUGUCUCUUGUGCCAUCACCAAAGUCAACUGGAGAACCAAAGACAAAACCCACACAAUCAAGUGUAAGGGAACUGCGUGGACUUGGAUUGUCUCCAGACUUGAUCAUCUGCAGAUCAGAAAAGCCUAUUGGUGAUUCUAUAAAAGAGAAGGUCUCAAACUUCUGUCAUGUUGCACCUCAGCAAGUAAUUACUAUUCACGAUCUCUCUUCCAUUUACCGUGUUCCUCUGCUUAUGGAAGAACAAGGAAUAAUUCAAUACCUCAACGAAAGACUUCAAUUGAAUAUACAAAUGCCUCUUCCACUUACAUUCAUGAGUACAUGGAGAAAUCUUGCAGAACGUGUUGAUCAUUUAAGGAAAACUGUAAAUAUUGCAUUGGUUGGUAAAUAUACCAAACUUGAAGAUGCAUAUGCUUCAGUCAUAAAAGCACUACAACAUGCCUCAAUAAAAUCUGGUUACAAAUUAAAAUUGUCAUUCAUUGAUGCGGUUCAUCUUGAACAAGAAUCAAAAGAAGCAGAGCCUGUCUUGUAUCACAAAGCUUGGCAGCAACUUUGCAGCGCUGAUGGUGUCAUAGUUCCAGGUGGUUUUGGUCAAAGAGGAAUCAAUGGAAAGAUUGAAGCCUGCAAAUGGUGCAGAGAGCACAACACACCUUUACUUGGUAUUUGUCUAGGUUUACAAACUAUAGUCAUAGAAUUCGCUAGAAAUGUAUUGAAACUCGAAGAUGCCAAUAGCACAGAAAUGGACCCAGAAUGCAAGAAUCCUCUAGUUAUAGAUAUGCCUGAGCACAAUCAGGGAGAUAUGGGUGGCACAAUGAGAUUGGGUAAGAGACCAACUCGUUUUAUACCUCAACAGUCUACACUGCGACAGCUUUAUGGAAAUGAAGAAAUUAUACAAGAGAGACAUAGGCAUAGGUAUGAAGUUAAUCCAAAAUACGUUAACGAUCUGGAAGCGUCUGGCCUAAAGUUUGUUGGUCGUGAUGAGGAAAAUAUUAGAAUGGAAAUAGUUGAACUGGAAGGUCACGAUUACUAUGUUGCCACACAGUUUCAUCCGGAAUACUUAUCUAGGCCAUUAAAACCGUCGCCACCAUUUUUAGGAUUAAUAUUAGCUAGUGUAGGAAAAUUAAAAUCUUAUUUGGCUAAGGGAUGUAGAUUGUCACCUUCACAGCUUAGUGACAAUGAUUCAGAUGAAGGAUCUGCUGUAGAUAUAUAUCAUGCUCAAACAGAAAAGUUAAUUGCAUUGAAUACGCCUGGAGCUACAGUACCUGUUUUACUAGUGGAUGAAAAAAAAUGAUGAUCCAGUUUCCUAGACAUGAAUUGAUAUUUCUAAUAAUUAUUUUUUAUUUUUUUAUUAAUUUCAUUGUAUGUACUUAGUUAAUACAUUUUGUACUUUGUUUUAUAUGAUAGUCUCGAUACAUAUAUCUGAUUGUUUCAAAUUUUGGAAUGAGAACUAUUUUGUGAUAUCUAAGAAUUUUGUAACUCUUUAUAAUGGCUAUGUGUGAGUGUAGACAUGCAGAUUUACAGUGUACUUAUUUAUAAAAAGGAUUUUGGAGUGUAUAUAUUUUUAUGGAAAACCACAGAACUUGUAAUUCCAAUUGUUGAGACAACUUUCAAGGAGAAAUCAAACUGUAAUUAUAUUCUUUUAAUGUCUGAUAUAUAUAAGUAUGAAAAAAAUUUUAAAAAUGAAAAAAAGCAAUAAAAAUUUUUUUCCAUGAA